GGAAAACCUUUUUUUAUGUUUUUGAAGUAGAGAAAAUAUAAAAAUGGUUGGAAAAGGAAAAUCCCUUGGUUCCACAAGUGCAAAAAAAUAUCGUUCCCGCAGUACAAAAGCAGGUCUGCAUUUUCUGGUUGGUCAUAUCUCUCAAUUUCUAAAAGUCGGAAAGUACGCUGAACGUGUUGGUGCCAGAGCUCCUGUUUUUCUUGAAGCUGUGCUUGAGUACCUUGCAACUGAGGUACUUGAUUUGGCUGGAAAUGCAGCAAGGGAAAACAAAAAAACCCGAAUCAAUCCAACGCACAUUCACUUGGCUAUUAGGACUGAUGAUGAAUUAAGCAAGUUGGGAGGAGAUGCAACCAUUGUUAAUUGUGGUGUUAUACCAAACAUACACAAUAGUCAUAUGUCUAACAACAAGAGUAGCCACUCAUCAAAGGUCAUCGUUGCUACUAUUGAGGAGGAGGAUUAG